UCUGGACAGCAAAGUUCAAGUGAACUAACUGUAAAAAGAGUCCUGAACUGAUGUAGGAGGAGAAACUUUAUCACACAGUUGACCUCCAAAUCUUCUUGAAACAGGGCCGGGGACUUCACAGGGCAAAGAAAAAUAAAAUGGACCAUCUCCUGUAAUACCUGGAAUCUGGUCCAAGCCUGGAGAGAAAACGAUGGUUUGCAACUAGAAGAGAAUAGCACUAGCCAUGGAGCCCCUAUACGAGGAACAUCUUGCACAUGGUGGAACCAUAGUUAAGCCUUAUCACUGGCUAAACUUCUCUCUAGACUGCAUUAACUGUCCUUACCACAUCCGGACAGGGGAGGAAGCAAGAGUUCCCUACACAGCAUUUCAUCAGAUUUUUGGAUUCCCUUAUGAGCCAACAAAUCCUCCAACAAAACACCUCACAUUUUAUGAAUUAAAAACUUCUUCUGGUAGCCUGGUGCAAAAAGGCCAUGCUACAAAUUGCACAGGGAAUCACACCCACCCAGAAUCAAUGCUAUUUGAGAUGCACGGUUAUCUUGACAUAGCCAUCCACAAUAAUAGCGGCAUUAAGCAUAUCAUUCUCUAUUCAAACAACUCCCCUUGUAAUGAAGCUAACCACUGCUGCAUCAGCAAAAUGUAUAACUUCCUGAUGAUGAAUCCAUACAUCACUCUUAAUAUUUACUUUUCUCACCUCUAUCAUACUGGAGAUGGAUUUCCUGCCGCAGCAUGGAACCGUGAAGCUCUCAGGAUCCUGGCUAGCUUAUGGCCCCAUGUCACACUGAGUCCAAUCAGCGGUGGGAUCUGGCAUUCUCUCCUCAAUAACUUUGUUAAGGGUGUCUCAGGAUCCACUGCUUUCCAGCCCAUUUUAACAGGGAGAGCAAUGGCUGACAGGCACAAUGCAUAUGAAAUCAACACCAUCACAGGAAUAAAACCUUACUUCACUGAUGUUCUUCCCCAGACAAAAGGGAAUCAGAACAUAAUGGCUCAGGCAGCUUUAGAGAGCUAUCCCUUAAGCAAUGUCUUCCCAGGACAGUCCUUCCAAGGGGCAAGUGGACAACUGGAACCCAACCUGAUUCCAGAACUCAGGAUUCCUGUUGUUUUUGUGCUGGUGCCUUAUAGAGAUCUACCACUAAUCCAGGUUGGUGAAAACUCACAUAAACUCAGGCUUGCAGUGAGGCAUUUAAAUAUGCCUCAAGUGUCAAUCUAUAAUGGCAAAGGCUCCAAAACCUCCCCAUUGGAAAACUAG